CCUUUCUCUGUGCAAACCUUAAGCAAGUUCAGGCAAUGCCCACAUACUUUUGAGGGAGGCAUCACCGGAUGGAGAGCAAAUAGUUGUGCGAGGGGACAUAUCUUCUUAUGACAUCAAGGAGAAAAGAGUUCACGGCACACAGGACCUCCUGCCUGGUUUUUGACGUCUGGUGAAGCUGUAACUGUUCACAAAUCAACACUUGACUUUGCACGGAAAGAUGGAUUUGAGUGAAGAAUGGAACUUGGAUGAUAUCAGCUGGUUGACCCAAAGCGGGAUUUUUCAGUUUGCCAACGUAUUGAGAGAGGCAGAGGUUUCCAAAGGUGCUCCAGCAAUUUUUGGUGCCCGUCAGAUAGGGCCCACAUCAAUUUGCUAUACUUCCAGUACUCCUGCCCAAAUACUGGAAGAAAGUGGCUGUCUUAACACCGAUCCACAGCUCUUUGGCAGCAGGAAAGAUGGUUCCCCAUUAAUGCUUCAAGUGAUCGAUGAUAUUGAAGCGGAAGACUCUCUGUGCUCCUUCGACCCUCCAGGCUUCCUCCAGGUCUCAGAGGUGGAAAUGAGAGGUUCAGAGGAUGUUGUUCCUGGCACUGUGUUACAACGGCUGAUCCAGGAGCUGCGUUAUGGCAACCCGAAUGAGAACAUGAACCUGCUGGCCAUCCAGCAGCAGGCCACCGGGAGCGCGGGACCCUCCAACUCCACUGCCAGCACGCUCUCUUCUUCCACAGAGAACCUGGUACUGGAAGACCCACAAAUGGUCCAGCACUCGGCGCGCCAGGAACCACAGGGCCAGGAGCACCAAGGGGAUAAUUCUGUGAUGGAGAAGCAGUCCAGGGGCUCCCAGCCUCAGCAGAACAAUGAGGAGCUACCCACUUACGAGGAGGCCAAAGCCCAGUCUCAGUUUUUCAGGGGUCAACAGCAGCAGCAACAACAACAGCAGCAGCAGCCACCAUCCAACACUGUUGGACCCAAUUUUUAUACAUCUGGGAACUCCUGUGCAAAAUCUAGAACAGAAGGGAGGCCGACGUUGGCCCGUGCCAAUAGCGGGCAGGCACAUAAAGAUGAAGUACUCAAAGAGCUGAAGCAAGGCCAUGUCCGCUCUUUAAGCGAAAGGAUAAUGCAGCUGUCCUUGGAGAGAAAUGGUGCCAAGCAGCAGCCCCCUGUCUUGGGGAGAGGCAAGGGGUUCAAGGCGGGUGGGCCGUCCUCCUCUCAGGCUGCCUCUAAAGGCUUGGACCAGAGGGGACCGCCACCGGACUAUCCUUUCAAAAGCAAGCAGGCGGUCUCUCCCUUUGGAAAAACUCAGGAGCUUGGGUUGUUUUUUAAUGACCAGCACUCUGGAAUAAUCCAAGAAAGCAUGACUCCCUCCUACGCAGCUCCACAAACUACCAGGAGUGACACCACUAUUGUCCGCUAUCAACCUCCUCCAGAAUACGGUCUGCCCAGCCGUCAAUGCCAGUCAUUCCCAUCAAUUUCAUCGCAACAGCAGCACAGUCCGAUGUCAUCCCAAGCCUCCUCCCUUAGCGGACCCUUGCACUCUACCUCUUUGCCUCCUCUCUCGAUGGCCACCGCGUCCCAGUCUUUGCCUGCAACGCCACCAAGCCAACAGCAACAGCAGCUUGCACCUGAUGCAUUUACAAUAGUGCAGCGAGCCCAGCAAAUGGUGGAGAUGCUAUCAGAAGACAACGAGGCCUUGCAGAAAGAGCUGGAGGGCUACUACGAGAAAGCCGACAAGCUUGAGAAGUUUGAACUAGAAAUCCAGAAGAUUUCAGAAGCUUAUGAGGACCUGGUGAAGACCACCACCAAGAGAGAGUCAUUAGACAAGGCAAUGCGUAACAAACUUGAAGGGGAAAUCCGGAGGCUCCAUGAUUUCAACAGGGACUUGCGUGAUCGAUUAGAGACAGCCAACAGGCAGCUUGCGUGCAGAGAGUUUGACGAAGAGAAGGCAACAGAAGGUCUUUAUGCUUCUCAGAACAAAGAGUACCUGAAAGAGAAGGAGAAACUAGAAACGGAGUUGGCGUCCAUGCGCCUGACCAAUGAGGAGCAGAGAAGGCACAUCGAAAUCCUGGACCAGGCUCUGAACAGUGCGCAAGCCAAAGUCAUCAAGCUGGAAGAAGAGCUGCGGAAGAAACAAGCACAUGUUGAGAAGGUAGAGAAGCUUCAGCAGGCAUUGACACAACUUCAGGCAGCUUACGAAAAGCGGGAGCAGAUGGAGCACCGGUUGCGCACCAGGUUGGAGAGAGAGCUGGAAUCCUUGAGACUUCAGCAGAGGCAAGGGAACUACCAGGCCUCCCCUUUGCCAGAGUACAAUGUGCCCGCAUUAAUGGAGUUAGUGCGGGAGAAGGAGGAGAGGAUUUUGGCUCUGGAAGCUGACAUGACCAAGUGGGAGCAGAAGUACCUGGAGGAGAGUGCCAUCCGACACUUCACCAUGAAUGCUGCAGCCACUACUGCAACAGAAAAGGAGGCCCUAGCCACCAAUCACUCAAGGAACGGCAGCUAUAGCGAGAGCUCCCUGGAUGUCGUCCGUUUAUGGCAAGAAGAGGAGGAGAUUUUGCAAGCCAACCGGAGGUGUCAAGACAUGGAGUACACGAUAAAGAAUCUGCAUGCAAAAAUCAUUGAGAAAGAUGCCAUGAUCAAGGUCCUCCAACAGAGAUCCAGAAGGGAUCCUGGCAAAACGGAUGCCGUGAGUUUGCGUCCUGCUCGUUCGGUUCCAUCAAUCGCCGCAGCAACAACAGGGACCCAUUCCCGCCAAACUUCCCUCAGCAGCAACCAAAUGGCUGAGGAGAAGAAAGAGGAGAAGACCUGGAAAGGGAGCAUAGGUUUGCUCUUGGGGAAGGACCCCAGUGACCACUUGCCUGCACCAUCGCUGCCUCCCCCGCCACUGCCUUCUUUGCUGUCCUCCACAUCCUCAUGGCCAGUGGCCAUCUGCCAUAUGAAAAUGGGCAGCAAAGACAGCAGCACCCAGACAGACAAGGGCUCUGAACUUUUCUGGCCCAGCACAGCUUCUUUUCCAGGUCGAGGGAAAUUCGGUAGUACUCCAGGAGGCAGUCCAGCACUGAGACACGCUGGAAGCAAAGGCACCGGAGAGAGACUUGAGAAUUCUCCUAGCCAUGGGAAGCUACCUGAGAACAAAGGCAGGGUAAGCAGUCUCCUUCACAAGCCUGAAUUCCCAGAUCCGGACAUGAUGGAGGUCCUCAUUUGAAGCUGUGGAAGCCUUUUCUGCUUUUUGUGCAAGUGCUCACAAACCUCAAGACGGGGUGCUGUUGCUGGUUUUUCUUGUUGCUGUGUAGGACGUAGGACUUUCUGGAGAACAACAUGAAGCUGGAACAAGGAAAUUUAAGUGUGGAAGGAAAGCCUAGGUGAAUGUGACUUUUUGAGACCAAGAGAAGGGAAAUGAGAUGUCGGAAAUGAACGUUUGGGACGUUUGCUAUGUACAAUCAACCAAGUUUUAAUCGAUGGGAUGUAGUGGAUUUGACGAAGCGAUGGCAACAAAACAUAGGAACGAAACUGCAUUUUUUGUUGUGAAGGCACUAUUUUGGAAAGGUGCAAUGAGCGCACCAAAUACUCUUCUGCAAGUAUCCAUAUAGUAGCAUCACUUGUUGGUUAACAAGAGCUGUUACAUUCUCCAUGUGAAACAUGUUGUACUGCAUAUAUAUUUGGAACAAGGGAGCAGGACUUCCAGAUAUAGUUUUAGAUAUGAUCCUGCUGCCUUCUUCCUGCCUAUUUUUGGGUCGCUCUGCUAUCCUCUGAUGCUUCUCAGUCCUGGAGGCAUGCAUAUAUCUGCCAUUGUGGGGAGAAAAAGCUUUGGGAGAUAUCUAACAUACCCUUUCUGUAGAUUUCUGACACCCUGCGCCUGUAUUUCAUAUUUAUUAGACAAGAACAGUAUCCUUAAUGCUGUUGGCAACACAGAAACAGCAUGGACCUUGUGAAGUGCAGCUUGUUGCCUUCCAGAUGAACUGAACUACAAAUCCUGUCUUUUCCAGUCAGUGUUGCUAUUGGCUACUCUGGCAGGAGAAGGAUGAAAGUUGUAGUUCAACCCACUCAGAAGGUAAUAAGUAAGAGGAAGCUGGUUUGGAAUAAAAUGUCCAGAUCCUAAAGAAGUUAUAGCUGUGGUUGAUGAGAUACUCUUCCAGAAGGGCAGCCAUUCUCUUUUGGGGGGGAGCAAGAAACCAACCAGCUGAACAGAGUCUGGAGGCAUUUUGAAGCCUAACUCAUGAGCUUUCAUAAGCUGGAGAUGGUUUGUCUGGAGGCUUGUCUAAAAAGUCUCUGUAGGGCCAUCUUCUCCCCUACAAUCUUGUCUUCAUCUUGUCCUGUUGUUCACUUGCCUGCUUCGUGGCAGUGCUGUGGCUUCUACCUCUGUGACGUGACCAAUGCUACUGACUCUGCCAGCCUCCUUUUGUGCCUGACUUGACUUUUUUUACCCUAAAUGUAAACACUUACAAUGAGGAAAAGACCAACUUAGGCUAGAACCCUACUCUAUCGCAUGCUUUAUAUAUGCAGGGGACUUUUAUAAAAUUGUAUUCAAACAUAAAAUCCAUGCCCUCUUGCAUGCUGAUCCCCAAACUUUGGUCUUCCAGAUAUGAUGGACUUCAGUUUAGCCAACGGUCAGGAAUUCUGGGAGUCCAAAACACCUGGAGGAUCAAAGUUUGGGAAGUUCCUGCUCUAUGGGCACAGAAAACUAGCAUAUUAAGAACGGAGCUUGAUUUCCCUUUUCAUAUGGUUUUGCCAGUCCCAAUCUUAUUCUCAUUUAUUGCCAUUUCCUUGGGCCCUAAUGUCAGCUAUUUAUAUGCAGUUAUGACACAUGUACUUGAUUCAUAUGUUAAAAGGUCAAAAAUGUAAUAGCUGAGCUGUUUCCCCUCCAAGAUCAGAUUAAGCUGUAGACAUACACUAGUUCUUAGAGUAUUUUUAAUAGUUUGGCAGAGAGAUUGCUUCCUAUAAUUCAGAUACAACUAAACUUUGUUCCUCCAGGUGUUUUGGAAUUUACCUCCCAAAAUCCCUAAACUUCUGUGGCUUCUGGAAAUUGCUGGCUGGAGUUUCAGGGAGAUAAAGUUUAAAACAUCUAGAGGACCAAAACUGGAAAAUCAGGGCAUGCAUCCUUUAUUUUUAUCUCUGGCUAAAUAGACACAGUUUGUCUAUUUGCAGCCACAUAAAAACCUUCUCUAUCCUUUGCCAGAGGUAAAAAUGUGUAGAGUCCAUGCCACUGACAAACUCUUCCAUGUACUCACAUUUUUAUGAAAAAAAUUAUUAUCUUCUCCAGGCUUCAUAUGUUCCAUGUCAUUUGUGUCAUCGGUGAGAUUCACAGGCUCCAUUUCUCAUGUUAUUUUGGAUACAGAUAAGGUGUUCGUUAUUUUCUUCUUAAGAUAACUUAUACAUUUGAACUGACUUUAAAGUGCAUUUAUUUUUACUUGUAUAUUCUCUAUAAAGUAUUCACUUAAGGGUCACUUUUUUUUCUACCAGUUUGAGAAAAGAACACGAAAUACAAAUUGCAGGAGUUAUGUAUAUUGCAAGUAUUUUAAGCAUUGGCUUUCAGUAUUGUGGAGAUUAUAUUAAACGAUUAGACAGCUUAAUGAUGCUUUGCCAUUAAAAAAAGUCCACCCUUGGAUUCAUCUGCUAGUUAUGUGUAUUGGUAUAUUACUGAUAGACUUGUUCUUGCUAGUAAGGAUAUUUUUGUACACCACCAAAGUUUAUGGUACUCUUCAUUGAACUGUAAGUAGAAUCACUUACACAAUACAACCUCCAUAUCUGUGGGACCAUUAUCUACAGCAUCCAACUUAAUUUGCUCUCUCUAGGAAGUCUUUAUGGUAACCUUCAUAGGUUGUUCAUUUGAAUAGUACUCACUAUUAUCUAUAGUUUCCUGUUUCAUUAGCAUAUAAAUGUAAACAGUUUAAAACCACAUGCACAAACAUGAGACGGUCAAUUUCACUUCCAUCGUCCAUCUGGAUUCUGUAUGCUUUGCCUGACACACAAUGGAUUAGAUCCAGACUAUGUUAAUUGAACUUAGCUCCCUUCCCAAUGAAAUCAGUGGGACUUUACAUAAGGAAUUAAAAUAUGUGCAUAAGGAGAAGUAGUAAGCUAGUCGACUUUUCCUCUUAUUGUGCUCUUUAUUUGGAGAGCAAUAGUCUGAAAAGAGGAGCCUUUGCUAUGUGUAGAGACUCCACGGUGAUCCAUGUGGAGAACCUCCACUUGUAGCAGAUACUCUCCUUUUCAGACAACUGCUCUUCAUUCAAAAAUAAUUGACAACAGAUACUGUGAAUAAAGAGAGCAAGCUCAACCCUUCCCUCCACGUUGUCACUCUCUUCAUGUGGAGAACAGUUGUCUGAAAAAGAGUAUUUGUCACAAGUGGAGCUUCUCCAGAUGUCUGGAUCACUGGAGAGUCUCUUCAGGUGUUACCUAUUGGUUUUUCAUGGGAGCAAAGUUCAACUAACUCAUUAGCUUUUUGCACAUAGUCAUGGAAUGUUUGAUGAUCCACAUUGCAAAGCUAGUCACUUUCAGCAGCGUGUUUGUUGUGUAGCACUUCUGGACAAUGUGUUGUCAAAGGCUUUCCUGGCUGGAAUCACUGGGUUGCUGUGAGUUUUCCGGGCUGUAUGGCCUUGCAGCUUCAAAGCCUGGCUGCUUCCUGCCUGGAGGAAUCCUUUCUUGGGAGGCCAUUCAAUGCUAAUCAAGGUGGGCAAUUGCAACAUUCACACUUGCUUCAAACAGGCAAGAGUUUUUUCUCCCACCCUGGACAUUCCACAGAUAUACAGGGUGCUUGAAAAAGAACUCCCAAUUCACCAUUUAAAUUAAAUGAAUAGGGAGUUCUUUUUCAAACACCCUGUAUAAACCCCACUUGCCUCGUUUCCAACAGAUCUCACAACCUCUGAGGAUGCCUGCCAUAGAUGCAGGUGAAACGUCAGGAGAGAAUGCUUCUGGAACAUGGCCAUACAGCCCGGAACGUUCACAGCAACCCACUUCUGGGUUUGAGGAUAUGUGUUUGCAGCCUGGUUGCAAGAUACUGUGUCAUGAAGCUAGAGGUCACAUUGGAUGCUGACCAUAAGGAUGCAUCCACCAGGGUUGGUGUGUAUCAUUCAUAUAUGGUCUGUACAUUUGAUCUCCCUUCAGUGGAGUUUCAAAGGAACCCAUCACAAACAAUAAUAGUACCUAUAUUGUCUUGGGCAAGGGAAUGAGAGCACAAUAAUAUCCCUUUUGCACUAAAAAUAAUUACCUGAAGCACCAUUGACCCCAUACUCAAUCCUAUUUUUUUCAUAUUUUUGAGAUUUAGUUGGAGGUGUCAUUGGGACCACUGCUUGGCUACUUUCUGCCUUCUCCAGUUCUGAGAGGACCUUACAAUAUCUUCAUGGGAACACUCUGACAACAAUGGGCAAGCUUUGUGUGAUUCUUUCCUUUCUUCUCCCCUUGCUUUCUUUCCCUCCUACAACUUAUCCCCUUUCCCUUUUUUCCUUCCUUCCUUCCUUCCUUCCUUCCUUCCUUCCUUCCUUCCUUCCUUCCUUCCUUCCUUCCAUCCAUCCAUCCAUCCAUCCAUCCAUCCAUCCAUCCAUCCAUCCACCUACCUACCUACACAUGUCACCUUUCUAUCCCAUUGACAUCACAGGGGCCACUUCACCUAGAAACCAAUGUAGUGAUAUCUCAGAUGGCCACUUCACCUAGCAACAGCCAACCCAGUGACAUAUUUAUUAUUCUUUAUUUACUUACUUAUACAAACUAUGGCAAUAAUUCAAUGCCAGAUUCAGACAAUAACAAUAACCAUAAAACACAGUAUUAUAAACCUAUAAAAACAUAUACAUAUCAAUUAUAAAUAAUCUUUCAGAUGAAUAAAUCAUAUCAAAGGUCUGGCACCAGCUGAGCUUUAUAAGCAUUGAACCAAUUGCUUUCACUGUUCUUACACAGAUUCUGUCAUACUCAUGGGUCAUAUUAAUUCCCAAAGGCUUACUUAAAUAGCCAGGUCUUAGAGGGCCACUUCUACCUAGCAAUAGCCUUUGUGGGACAAACGUACAUACAUUGAUUUUAUAUAUAUGGAGAGAAGAUUUGUAAACAUAAAUAGCCAUGGCAUUGGAUUCUGCCCCAGCCACUUAUAGCACCCCAAAUGUAAAUUUGCACCAAGGACUUCAUACGACUACAGAAGGAGACUUGCUACACAUCUUCCAUGCACACAAACUGCAAGCAGCUUACGGGUGCAUAGCCAAAAGGAUCAAGAUAGAAAAUCUAUGUUUGUCUUGUGUGCAAAGGUUUACACAAGUUUGGUGUUAAUCUGUGCAACUCCCAUGAACAGGUGCUGGUCCUUGACAUGUUUCCGGAAAAGACAGGCAUAAUUGUACUCAAUGGACAAGUGCCAGUUUCUGACUCACUGGGAAACAACAAUUGCCUGUCUCCAUAGCUUUAGAUCGUUCCAAGUUAGAGCACAGUUUAUGUAAAAUACUGCUAUUAAUAAAAGUAGUGGCUUAACUGCAGCAAAAAUGUUUUCUGGUCUGCCCAGCACCUUUGACGUGUAUGCUGUGGUGUUGUGUUAUGUGACACUUGUGUUGUGCUGUUGGGUUCCAGGUAAACCAUUUGUAAGAUAUUGUUCCCCUAUCCUACUGUUGGCCGCCUGUUGUACAGAAUGGCUGGUGCAGAAAGUUGUACAGUUGGAGUGUAUUAGUAGAUAUUUGGGGAAAUAAAGAGUGUAACACCCUUCACAGCAAAUACUGAUAACCUUGGCCAGCCAAAGAUUUCCCCAUUUUCUGCUGCUUAAAUUUGUGCCUUAAUAUUGUAUAUAAUAAAUGUGUUCAAUGUUCCCUCCCA